GACAAACACAACCAGAAGAUUCAGCUGCAUUCACUGAGCUUUCAUAGCUCUAAUUUGGGAUCCUUUUCUCAAACUGACAGGUUUGCUUGGCUGUUGACAACAUCACCAUCAUGAUCUCCUCGGCUUUAAACUCUCCAAACCAGAGCGGCUGUGAUGUGUUUGUGUACCAAAAAGCUGCAGUGGUUCUUUUCCCCAUUUUCUACUCUGUGGUUUUUGCGAUCAGCGUGUGCGGCAACAGUUUGGUUCUCUAUGUGAUCUGCCAGAGAAAGCACAAGUUCAACUCCACCUCCAUCUAUCUGGUUAACCUUGCGCUCUCUGACACCCUGUUCACACUGACUUUGCCGGGCAGAAUUACGUACUACAUCCGUCACUUCGACUGGCCCUUUGGGGACUUUCUUUGCAGACUGAGCACACUUCUGUUCUUUGCAAACACCUAUGCAGGUAUUGGUUUCAUGACCUGUAUCAGCUUGGACAGGUAUCUGGCCAUGGUGCAUCCCCACCAGCUGCAGUGUUUACGGAGUGUGAGGGUGGUGCGCAGGGUCUGCUGCCUGGUCUGGGCUCUGGUGUCUCUACAAAUAGCUCCCCUGCUGUUCCGCAGCAUGCUCCAAGAGGACCAGAAAAGACUGACCUGCAUGGAGUACUUCAACUUCGAUGGCUCCCAUUUCACCCCGUACCUCCUGCUUCUGGCCUGUGCCUUCUCCUUCUGCUGCCCACUUGUCAUCAUCGUGGGUUGCUAUGCCAAGAUCAACCUGAAGCUGCGAGCUGCAGCCAAGCAGAAUGCUGUAACUAGUCGAUCGAGGAGGAAUCACAGGGCCAACACCAUCAUCCUCCUCAUUCUUCUCACCUUCAUCACAUGCUUCAGCCCUUACCACCUCAAUGUCAUGCAGUUUAUGACCAGGAAGAUACACCAUAAGCCCACUUGUGCGGAUCUGAGGGCCUUUAAGAUGUCUUUACAAAUUACAGUUUCACUAAUGAACUUCAACUGCUGCUUGGAUCCUGUCAUCUACUUCUUUGCCAUUAAGACCUACAAGAAGCGGGUGAUGAGCCUCUUUAAGGACUAUCUACAUACCUCCGGCGCUUCCUCCAAAAUGACGACAGAGAACAGCAGCAGCAACACCUGAUGGAAACCACAGCUGAGAUAUGCCAACAACCACUGUCACAGAGAAAGCCUAGUUCACUCAUUUUCGGCUCACACAUGCCCAUUUUUGUACUGCUGAUUUUAUGUCGUCAUGAAAUGACUAGAUUUUGUGAUAAUCGAGCAUGUUUAUGUGUACAAAAUGCAUGGUAGAAUGCAGAAAAGUCAAACAUUUAAAUGUCCUUAGGCCCUCCCAAAAUCUAUAUAACCUGCUUAAGUGUAUGACAUCCCUGUACAUACUGUAGUGUGCCACAUUUAUUAUAUUGCUACUUUUACAUUUGAACUUUUAUUAUUGACUGCAACAUUUUACUGUAAAGACCAUGUAGUAACAAUGAAGAUGUUGUGUUUGUGUACUUCUAGCCUCAUGUGUAUGUAAGCAGGGUACAAAAAAGAAAGAAUAUACCACAGAGUAGAUGAAUAAUCUUUGUUAAAGUUUUUUACCCUAUUGCGUAAUGGGUAAAUGUUGCGGUGGAAAAGCAGCUUUCACUUCUGUAAAAGUGCAUGUUGAUCAAAUAUCGUUGCACCAAUAUGAGUCAAGCCAAGUGCGUAUAUAAUAUGCUUAUUAGUUGACAUUUAAACUAUUACCACAGACGUC